AUGGUCAACUCCCGUUGUGGAUCCGUCUGCUCUGACCAGGGCUGUGGCCAGGAGACCUGCUGCCGCCCCAGCUGCUGCCAGACCACCUGUUGCCGCCCCACCUGCUGUGUGUCCAGCUGCUGUCGCCCCUCUUGCUGUGGCUCCAGCUGCUGCAGGCCUACCUGUUGCACCUCUAGCUGCUGCCGCCCCACCUGCUGUGUGUCUAGCUGUUGCCGCCCCUCUUGCUGUGGCUCCAGCUGCUGUGGCUCCAGCUGCUGCCGCCCCACCUGCUGCAUUUCUAGUUGCUGCCGCCCCUCUUGCUGUGGCUCCAGCUGCUGUGGCUCCAGCUGCUGCCGCCCUACCUGCUGCAUUUCUAGCUGCUGCCGCCCCUCCUGCUGUGGCUCCAGCUGCUGUGGCUCCAGCUGCUGCAGGCCUGCCUGCUGCAUCUCUAGCUGCUGCCGCCCCAGCUGCUGCCAGACUCCCUGCUGCCGCCCCACCUGCUGUGUGUCUAGCUGCUGCCGCCCCUCUUGCUGCAGCUCCAGCUGCUGCAGGCCCACCUGCUGCAUCUCUAGCUGCUGCCGCCCCGGCUGCUGCCAGACCACCUGUUGCCGCCCAACCACCUGCUGCCGCCCAGUCUGUUCUAGUGGUUCCUGCUGCUGA